AUGAGUUCCAGUCAACUAGUUGAAGAUAUUGAAAAAUUUCUUGAGUUAUGCGAAGACUAUGGGUCCGAUGGCGAAGAUUUUGGAAGUACGGUAAAUGAAGAAAAUGUUGAUAUGGAGGAUGAAGAAGAACACGACUCUGAAGGCACCUCGGAGGAGGAGGAGGAGGAUAUUUUUGAUUCUGACGACGAAGAUAAUAUUCCCCUGAACUUACUAAGGAAAAAAAUUGGUAUAAUAGAAUUUACAAAAAUUGUUCUUCGUGGGAAAAAUAAACACAAGUGGUCCUCAAAAAAAGGUAAAAGUCAUAGAUAUGGUAUGAAUGUAGUGCACCAGGCUCGGGGUCCAACACGCGAAUGUAAAAACAUAACUGAACCUCUGAAGUGUUUUCAAUUAUUUAUAACGGAUGACAUUUUGAGUGAAGUAGUGCAAUGGACAAAUGCUGAAAUCAAUGUACGAAAAAAAGAUUUGGUCAGUAGCACAGCGCAAACACGCGAAACCGAUUUAGAUGAGACAAAAGCCUUGGUUGGUGUUUUAUGCUUGACAGCAGUUUCUAAGAGUAACCACCUCACUUCCGACGAACUAUUUGACUGCAGCUAUAGUGGAUCGCGCUACGUUUCGAUAAUGACCAAAGCAAGAUUCAAGUUCCUUUUAUCCUGCUUACGUUUCGAUGAUAAAGCUGUCCGUCUUCGAAUUUGUAACGAUAAAUUUGCUUCAAUAAGGAAAAUAUGGGAUAUGUUUAUUCAAAAAUGUCGACAAAACUACACUCCUGGUUCCUAUUUGACAAUUGAUGAGCAGCUUUUAGCUUUCCGUGGAAAAUGUUCCUUCAGGAUGUACAUUCCUAAUAAGCCCGCAAAAUACGGUUUGAAAACAAUAAUGAUGUGUGACAGUGGCACAAAAUAUAUGGUGGACGCAAUGCCUUACUUAGGAAAGGGUUCAAACACUGGCGAUCUGCCUCUUGCAGCAAAACAUGAUGGAGCCCAGGAUCUCGAAAUCCUUCAAAGCGAAUUGAAUCAACAUCAUGCUAUGAAGGACUUAGCGUACGAAAUCAAAAAGGAAGGCAAAAUGCUGGCCAAAAGGAAUCCCGAAAUGAAGGUUUAUGCAUUUGACCUUCAGCAGUGCCUCCCUACGCCGUUUCUCUGA